CUCUGUCCAUAUUCUGCGGCUUUUUCGGUUCAGUGAGUCUCUGUCGGGGGAAAGACCAAGACCUUUUUCUAAUAGGAGGUGGAGUUCGCUGUGUGCUUCAACUCCAUGCGCUUGCUGCAAUGUUAAGCCAGAGCUGAAACUACGUAUCCCGCUGGCUCUAUUUCAUGACAGCAUACACCAGCCAUGGAGUUCAACAAAUUGGUGACCUUGUGGAUAUUUUGCUUGUGUCUCGUUGGAGAAAGUUGGACUGAAAAACAAAGUUCACCUACACCGGACAUUGUUGAAAAUGGGGUGUCAGAUUUUUGUCGCAUCGAUGAGCAACUAUGCAAGGACGAGAACAGCAAUCUGGGCUAUGAGGCUAUCCGUAGUAUCCACAAACAGAUGGAUGAUGAUGCAAAUGGCAACGUAGACGUGGUAGAGACAGACGGUUUCCUGAGAGAAGAUCUAAAUUACCAUGACCCCAAGGCCAAGCAUAACAGCUUCCAUGGGGAUGACCAGUUCAUAAGUGUGGAGGACUUGUGGAACGCAUGGAAGGGCUCUGAAGUGUAUAAUUGGACAGUGGAUGAGGUCGUGGAAUGGCUCAUCACAUAUGUGGAACUGCCACAAUAUGUGGAUGCAUUUCGCAAGAUGGGUUUCAAUGGCAGUUCCAUGCCAAGGUUAGCCAUAAAGAACACCACUCUGACACUCUCUAUUCUGAAGAUUCUGGAUCGCAGCCAUGUGCAAAAGUUGCAGCUGAAAGCUUUGGACACUGUACUGUUUGGAGCACCCCUGAUGAAUAGACACAACCACUUGAAGGACUUCAUGCUGGUAGUGUCAAUAGUCAUAGGCAUGGGUGGCUGCUGGUUUGCCUACAUCCAGAAUCGCUACUCUAAGGACCACAUGAAGAAGAUGAUGAAAGACCUGGAGGGCCUGCAGAGAGCUGAACAGAGUCUGCAUGACCUACAACAGAAGCUGCAGAUCGCCCAGGAGGAGCACCGUACAGUAGAAGUAGAGAAGGUGAACCUGGAGCAGAAGCUGAGGGAUGAGAUCAACACUGCCAAGCAGGAAGCCCAGCGACUGAGGGAGCUGCGUGAGGGUACAGAGAAUGAACUGAGUCGCCAAAAGUACGCCGAAGAAGAGCUAGAACAGGUGCGCAUGGCAUUGAAGAAAGCAGAAAGGGAGCUGGAGUCCAGGAGUAGCUGGUCACCACCAGAGUCUCUCCAGAAGUGGCUGCAGCUCACCCACGAGGUGGAAAUGCAGUACUACAACAUCAAGAAGCAAAAUGCUGAACGGCAGCUCUUGAUGGCCAAAGAAGGGGCAGAGAAGAUAAAGAAAAAGAGGAACACACUCUUCGGGACUUUUCACGUGGCUCACAGCUCCUCCCUGGAUGAUGUGGACCACAAAAUACUGGCAGCAAAACAAGCCCUGGGUGAGGUGACGGCUGCUCUGCGGGAGAGGCUUCACCGCUGGCAGCAGAUAGAGAUCCUCACAGGUUUUACCAUCGUCAACAACCCAGGCCUUCCUUCUCUGGCAUCAGCCCUCAACCUUGAUCCCAGCUUCACGGGCGGCAGAGCGACACCUCAGCACUUCAUCAUGUCCGACGACAUGGACGACUUGGACGAGGAUAUCGUGCCUGGAACUCUGCAAUAUGGCACCCGACUGUUGGAACGACGAGCAAGUGACCUGUGGUCCGUCGGUUCAGACUGUCAGCCCAUGUGGAAAUAUCCGGCUCCCAGUAUGAUGUCCCUGCGCCAACGGCACAUUGAACCCCAGCUGGCCACGGGCUCCCAGAGGUUGGUAGAGAGUUGCCUCUUGGCAGGGCAGCAGGGAGAGGGAACCCCAUACCCGUCCAGGGCUACCCUCAUACAGUCACGCAGCCAGUCGAUUGGUCAGCUCGACUGUCUCCCUCUGCCUCCUCUUUCCUCAGCUGUGUCGCACCCUUCUAUCAUCUGUACCUCCAACCUAAACCCUCAGUCCCUGUCUUCCUUGUCCUUGUCGUCCUCCUGCUUACCCAGCUCUGUGGGUGCCACUGUAGCCCCUCAUUCCUCCCAUAUAUAUCAUGCUUCUUUCCAGCCCAUGGAUCCCAUUCCUGAUUUCUCCUCUUCAGAUCUCUCAAAAGCACACUCCUCGCGCAGCGACAGCUUUGGGGACCUAAAUCGCUCUGACUCCGACUCCUCUCUGUCGCUCUCCCAAGUUGGUGAUCGACUAUCUGCCUACAGCUCCAAAGGCCACCUAAUCAAGCCCACCGCUCUAAUUCACGGUCUGUCUGGCCGUGCAGAUGAUGCCGUCUCACUGCAUGCUCACACCCCCAACGGAGGGAACCGCAUUCAUGAGGUCAGUCCUACAGAGCCUGUCCCUGACAGCCCCAUACUUAUGAAGAAGGUGUACGGCAUGGAGCAGUCACCCAGCAUGGGAGAGAUCAACAGUCUGUCAGAGUCGUCCCGUUCCCUCAGCCCCAACUCCACUGAACCUGACACACCAUCGCCUACAGGAGGGCAACCAGGGGCCAUAGGGGCAAAGGGCAGCACCCGUAUCCCGCAGCUGUCCUCCAAGAAAAGCCCACUGGAGGAAGACAGUGGCUCUACAGGAGAAGACACAGAUUCUACUGCCAGCCGCAAGAAACACACCUUCAAGAUCUUCAAGAAACCGAGGAAAUAAGGGCUACAUGAACUACAGGCUAUUAAAGCUGCUGUUUGACUGUAUUCCUCUGGUCUGUUUUUGGGAGAAAAAAAAAAGUUUGUGGGGUUAAUUAGUGGUCAAAUGAUGGCACAAUGUUGCUGUUGCAUCAUUUUGUAGGUACAGCACCUACUCUAAGACACUGGACUGUGGGAGUGACCAGCUGUUCAGUUUUAUCUGCUUAUUUGGCCAAUGUUGCUUAAUUGUGGGGAAUGGGUAGGUUUGUAUAUUGGAAUGUAAAGUAUUAUUUAUUCUGCAGGAAGUUGUGCCAGUCUCAAAGGGAAAUGUGUCUCCCAGUUGGUUUUUCUUUCUUGUUCUACAAUCUAUAACAUUUUGCAUGUCUUCACUUUUGUUUGACAGAUACUCGAAUGCUCUUAGUGUUUGCUUGGUUCUUGUCGUUAACCUGCUUAGACAACACUUGAUGUUUCUUUUAUUACUACCUACAUCUACCACUCAAAAGUGAAUGUGCACUACUUUGUUUUUAUUGGUGGUUAUAAGUGUUUGUCUUUUGUGGUCAUCUUCUUGGCAGAGCAAAUGACACAUCAAGGAGAUCCUUAAACAGAAGAGGAGGAGUAGUAGUAGAAAGCUCAGAAUAUUAGUGACUCAAAUGUUUGAGAGCAAAAGGUGAAGUUUGAAGUGCCAUUUGGACACAGCACAACAAUAGUAGCUACUUGGUCUGAUUGAAACUCCAUAGCAGUGAAAUGCAGUAUGGAUUAAAGAAGAUUGCAACAUCAAAUUGCAUCAUUAGACCUUUUACAUUAUUUUUAGAGUUUAGGUUUGAGUACAUGAAAGAGAAUUGCUUUGGUGAAAUGUCCAGCUUUUAAACACCACCAACAAAUUUAACUGCUGAUUAAUUUUACAUGUAUCUUCACUGGACCUGGAGGUGAACACGUGUUUGAAGAGCCUGGCUAAAAUGUCCUGCUUGGGUGUAGGUAUCUUUUAAUUAGUAGGCAGUAUUGUUACUGAGCACAUAAAUACCAAAAUAUUAAUAAUAUAAUAGCAUAACUGUCUGAAAAUAACAAUGACAAUGAACUUCCAUCUGACGCUCACAUUACAUUGAAGAGGAUACACUUUGAAGAAAGUGUAAAGUAUACCCCAUGAAAAACACAAAUCAAAGACCUUAACACAAAACACUUAAAUCACAUUUUAAUUGCAAUUAUUAAAGGUUUUUAAAGAUUAUACUCUUAAUAAAAGGGAUGAUGUAUAAAUGGGAUCCAACAUUUUCCACUGAUUAUUAAUGUGAUUAAUGAGGCACUUUAACUAGGAUUUUGGUGCCUUUUAUCUUCUAGCUUUCUGUUUCUGUUCUAUGGUUAUCUAGGUAGACAUUUAAACCUUCACAGCAGUUUAACAGUGGGGGGUGGGUGCAGGUAAGGGCUAUAGUUGUAAGUCAAAAUCAUUUGCUCUGAAUAAGAUAGACUUUUUCAAGUUGUAACACUUUGUAAUUCACCUUUUAUGGAAGAUGUAGCUCAACAAGUUAUGGAAGCAGAAGACCAGUCAUGUUAAAGUUACUUUCAGAGGCCUUUGUGUUUAUUGUAUGUUUUUACAGACAACACAAAACCACACGAUAUACACCCAGUCUGUGGUGUAUAUCCUGAGUUUAAACGCUGAAUGUGCAAGGAUACUGCCACUGUAACAGUAUCCUCAGUACAGCAUGUUUACAUUAGUUAUGGAUAUAUCCUCACAACAAAAGAACAUUGUGCCAGUUUUAAUAUUGACGGCUUCAGAGCACAGAACUAUGCAUCAGUAGGGGUUUAGUUUAGAUGAUUACUAAAGUAGUAGGGACGCCAGUACACUUAGGGCGUUCCUGACCAACGAACAACCAAAAAGUGCUGCAAUAGACACAGUGGGCCUCCCCCCAGCCUCAUAAUGUAACAGGUGGUUUGGAUGUACUAGACAUGUUUGAAUAUUUUAUUUUAGAAACCAGCUAAAAAGUUAUCACUUUUCUACUGGUACUUUUUUAAAGUGUCAUUUGUAUAUCUUUUGCACGACAGAGCUGUAAAUGGAUGAUUCCAUUUGAAUGUGUGUGAGUGUGUGUCUGUCUGCUCCCAGUAUAAUGCACUGUAAUGUUGAUGCAUGUCAACUAUUGUAACAAAACCUAUAUUGGGUUAGGAGGGUGGAUCAGCGUAAGGUCUUUACUCCCCAACCUACUUUUUCUUUCUCUUUAUUUUGGGCUUCAGUUUAUGAAUACAUACAGUAUAUUUGUACAGAGACAAUGAUAAUUUUGCAUCUUCUGUGAUGGUCUAGACUUUUAUGGCACUUCUGCAUGAUAGCAAUAAACUAUUUUGAAUGAAA